AUGACAUUCUUCGUCGGCGCUUCGCUUUACCCUAAGGUUCAGAAAGACCGCCUUCACUCCGAGAGCCCCGAACCCGAGAUCUCUGAUCCCACACCUCCUACAUUCUACCCCACCUUUCACGCAGACACCGGUCGUCCUUCUCCCCCUGAAUCUACAAUCAAAGUCGUCGCUAUGCACCGCAACAACACCGCGCAUGACAAGGGCAGGUUCGAUCUCCUCUCUCCUCCUUCCUCUGCUCCCACCUCCGGCGACUCCGCUAGAAGUCCCAAGAGACCAUUCCGCAGAAUGACCCAGGCGGAGCAAGACACAAUUAUUGCGCUCGCUAUGAACGGCAAGAAAGCUCAAGAAAUCGCUCGUACUCUCGGUAUUCUUCCUAGAACCAUCAACAGGCUCCUCAAGAAGCAGAGGGAGAAAGGUCUUGCUAUUCAGAAAGAAGACGCUUGA